AUGGGCAGCGCAUUCAUCGAACCCCCCACAUUCGAUCUGGCCAGUUCGUUUGCCGAUUCCAAUUGUUGCUCCCCUCUCAUUUUUGUACUCUCACCGGGCGCCGAUCCGAUGAACGCGCUGAUCCGAUUCGGUGCAGACAUGGGCUACACGGGGGAUCGGAUUCAAACCAUCUCACUCGGUCAGGGACAGGGUCCGUUCGCAGCCAACAUGAUCGCGCAAGGCAUCAAAGAUGGUAGUUGGAUUGUAUUACAAAAUUGUCAUCUGGCAGUCAGUUGGAUGCCUGCAUUGGAGAAGAUUUGUGAAGAAGUGAUUGUUCCAGCCUCAACGCAUAAAGAUUUUCGCCUCUGGUUGACCAGUUAUCCGUCCCAAGAUUUCCCGGUCACAAUUUUAGAGAAUGGAGUAAAAAUGACCAAUGAACCACCGAAAGGUCUUCGAUCCAAUUUGCUUCGGUCCUAUUUGAACGAUCCGAUCUCUGACCCAGCCUUUUUCGACGGUUGUUCCAAGGGUCCAAUUUGGCACAAGAUGCUAUUCGGUCUGUGCUUCUUCCAUGGUCUGGUCCAAGAGCGACGCAAAUUCGGCCCGUUGGGUUGGAAUGUGCCGUACGAAUUUAACGAAUCUGAUUUGCGGAUCAGUGUACGACAGAUGCAGUUAUUCUCAGGAAUUCUGUUGACUCUGCCCAGACAACAAGGAGGCACUGGGAAAUCUCCUGAAGCUACCGUACAAGAAUUGGCCGCUGAUAUUCUCUCCAAGCUGCCGCCAGAUUUCAAGAUGAAGGAAGCAAUGCAACGUUACCCGGUUAUCUAUCGGGAGUCCAUGAAUACAGUGUUGCGACAAGAGCUGAUUCGAUUCAAUCGUCUCACUGCCGUUGUUCGGUCCACGUUGCAAAAUUUGCAAAAGGCAAUCAAAGGUUUGGUCGUGAUGUCCGCGGAUUUGGAGGAUGUGUUCAAUUCAAUGUUGGUUGGCAAAUUGCCCAGUGUAUGGGCAGCCAAAUCAUUUCCAUCGCUAAAGCCACUGGGCAGCUACGUGCAGGAUCUCAUUCUAAGACUCAAAUUUUUUGCCGAUUGGCUGACUUACGACGCUCCUCCUGUGUUCUGGCUCUCCGGUUUCUACUUCACUCAAUCUUUCUUGACCGGAGUACUGCAGAACUACGCACGCAAAUACACAAUCCCAAUAGACACAUUGGGCUUCAGUUUUACAGUGACCAAUCAGUACUUUAACCAUCCGAGUAUGCUGGAGAAUGCACCUGCCGUGCCCGAGUAUCCGAUCAUAUCUGCCUCAGCCAAACGUGCCUCGGUCGCCUCAGUCACUCUGAUGCAAACCACAAAAACACGACCGGCCGAUCAUUUUGGUGAUUUCACCAAACCGGAUGACGGGGCUUACGUGUCCGGUUUGUUUUUGGAGGGAGCACGAUGGGACCCAAUUGAGGAUCGAUUGGCCGAAUCGAAGCCGAAAAUUUUGUUUGACAGUAUCCCUGUGGUAUGUGUUUUUUGUUGA